AUGCCCGAGUUUGUGUCUGAGCGCGCGCUUGCAUGGGCGCGCUGCAUCGAUGCUACCUACACGAUAUUUGAGGACCCAAGCGCUCAGAAGAGGUACGGUGCACUCGCGAACAGCGUGAAAGCAGCCGUGGAUGCGUGUAGCAGUGCGCUGGACGAGUACGGGGAUGAACACUGUGCACUGAGCUUUAAUGGCGGAAAAGACUGCACAGUCAUUGCGCAUGUUCUUGCUGCCGUGCUCCGUCGCCGUGCUGGCUACUCGGAGUUUGGCGGCGUGCGCGCGCCGAAUCUCUCCGACGCCGCGUACGCGCAUGUACCGCAAUUGCGCACACUCUAUGUCUCGUGCGAUACGCCCUUUCCCGAAGUGGAAAAGUUUAUUGCGUACGCAAAAGAUGCCGAGAAUGGCUACAAUUUGAGUUUAUAUCGCGCCAUGGCGCCGAUGCGUGCGGCGCUGCAGCAGUACUUGUACGGCAGCGACGACAAAGCGCCCGGCCACGGCGUCAAGGCCAUCUUUCUUGGUGUGCGCCACGAUGAUCCAUACGGCUCCAUUGUCCAUGUGCAGUGCCCUACUGACAACGGCUGGCCGUCGGUCAUGCGCGUGCACCCCAUUCUCACCUGGAGCUACAACGAUGUUUGGCAGUUUUUGCGCUGCCCCACGCUAACAAACGGCCCGCCGUACGAGCCGGAGUGCGCCAGUGUGGGCGGCGGUGAUGUGCGCUGUGUUCCCUACUGUAGUCUGUACGACCAGGGCUAUACCUCGCUGGGCAGCACAUUUAAUACGGAAAAGAAUCCCAGGCUUUUGGACGCUGCAACGCAUACCUAUCUCCCAGCGUACAAAUUACUCGAUUGCGCCUGGGAACGUGCAGGACGUGCCAAGUAG